AUGUUUUUCUUUUUAACUCAUAUUCGCGGUAUUUUUGCGCGCUCGCAUAGUCGCAGUCAGGAGAUUUUACUCUCCAGACAAGCCUUUUUUAGGCUUUUGGGAUAUUUGGCAAGUUGUGUGGUGUUGUCGUUGGCGGCACAAGGCCAUGUAUAG